AUGAUUGGAGAGAGUUGCGCCCAAGUGAUUGUCCGAAAUGGGUUGGCUUCGCCAGUCUUGGAACCUGGGAGCCCUCCCCUCGUUUGGGAGCCUUCCCUCGUCGCGCCUCCGCUCGCCUUCCCCCGCGCCUCCGCUCGCCUCGCCGCGCAUCCGCUCGUUUCGCCGCGCCUCCGCUCGCCUCGCCGCGCCUCCGCUCGCCUCGCCGCGCCUCCUCUCGCCUCGCCGCGCCUCCCGCUCGCCUCGCCGCGCCUCCGCUCGCCUCGCCGCGCAUCCGCUCGUUUCGCCGCGCCUCCGCUCGCCUCGCCGCGCCUCCGCUCGCCUCGCCGCGCCUCCUCUCGCCUCGCCGCGCCUCCCGCUCGCCUCGCCGUGCCUCCGCUCGCCUCGCCGCGCAUCCGCUCGUUUUGCCGCGCCUCCGCUCGCCUCGCCGAGCCACCGCUCGCCUCGCCGCGCCUCCUCUCGCCUCGCCGCGCCUCCUCUCGCCUCGCCGCGCCUCCGCUCACCUCGCCGCGCCUCCCCUGCCAUCAGCGCGCCAGCACUCUCGUCGCGCUGCCCCUCCUCGCGCCUCCACUCCCGCUGUCGUCCUUCUCCCACUGCCCAUCCCUUGCCCUCGGUUCCCUGCCAUUCCAUUCCAUCUUGUUACCUUCCCCUCAUUUUUCCCUCUGCUUCCCCUCAUUCCACCCUCUCUUUCCCUUCCCCUUCUUCCAAUCAUUUCUCCACCUGCUUCCCCUCAUUUACUCCCCUGCCUCCUCUCGCUUUCCCCUCUGCUUCCCCUCAUUUCCCUCCCUCCUUCCCCUCAUUUCCCUCCCUCCUUCCCCUCAUUUCCCUCCGCUGCUUCCCCUCAUUUCCCUCCCUCCUUCCCCCUCAUUUCCCUCUGCCGCUUCCCCUAAUUUCCCUCCGCCGCUUCCCCUAAUUUCCCUCCGCUGCUUCCCCUCAUUUCCCUCCGCUGCUUCCCUCAUUUCCCUCCGCUGCUUCCCCUCAUUUCCCUCCGCUGCUUCCCCUCAUUUCCCUCCGCUGCUUCCCCUCAUUUCCCUCCGCUGCUUCCCCUCAUUUCCCUCCGCUGCUUCCCCUCAUUUCCCUCCGCUGCUUCCCCUCAUUUCCCUCCGCUGCUUCCCCUCAUUUCCCUCCGCUGCUUCCCCUCAUUUCCCUCCGCCGCUUCCCCUCAUUUCCCUCCGCCGCUUCCCCUCAUUUCCCUCCGCCGCUUCCCCUCAUUUCCCUCCGCUGCUUCCCUCAUUUCCCUCCGCUGCUUCCCUCAUUUCCCUUCGCUGCUUCCCCUCAUUUCCCUCCGCUGCUUCCCCUCAUUUCCCUCCGCUGCUUCCCCUCAUUUCCCUCUUCCCCUCAUUUCCCUCCGCCGCUUCCCCUUAUUUCCCUCCGCUGCUUCCCCUCAUUUCCCUCCGCUGCUUCCCUCAUUUCCCUUCGCUGCUUCCCUCAUUUCCCUUCGCUGCUUCCCCUCAUUUCCCUCCGCUGCUUCCCCUCAUUUCCCUCCGCUGCUUCCCCUCAUUUCCCUCCACUGCUUACCCUCAUUUCCCUCCGCUGCUUCCCCUCAUUUCCCUCCGCUGCUUCCCCUCAUUUCCCUCCGCUGCUUCCCCUCAUUUCCCUCCGCUGCUUCCCCUCAUUUCCCUCCGCUGCUUCCCCUCAUAUCCCUCCGCUGCUUCCCCUCAUUUCCCUCCGCUGCUUCCCCUCAUUUCCCUCCGCUGCUUCCCCUCAUUUCCCUCCGCUGCUUCCCCUCAUUUCCCUCCGCUGCUUCCCCUCAUUUCCCUCCGCUGCUUCCCCUCAUUUCCCUCCGCUGCUUCCCCUCAUUUCCCUCCGCUGCUUCCCCUCAUUUCCCUCCACUGCUUCCCCUCAUUUCCCUCCGCUGCUUCCCCUCAUUUCCCUCCGCUGCUUCCCCUCAUUUCCCUCCGCUGCUUCCCCUCAUUUCCCUCCGCUGCUUCCCCUCAUUUCCCUCCACUGCUUCCCCUCAUUUCCCUCCGCUGCUUCCCCUCAUUUCCCUCCGCUGCUUCCCCUCAUUUCCCUCCGCUGCUUCCCCUCAUUUCCCUCCGCUGCUUCCCCUCAUUUCCCUCCGCUGCUUCCCCUCAUUUCCCUCCGCUGCUUCCCCUCAUUUCCCUCCGCUGCUUCCCCUCAUUUCCCUCCGCUGCUUCCCCUCAUUUCCCUCCGCUGCUUCCCCUCAUUUCCCUCCGCUGCUUCCCCUCAUUUCCCUCCGCUGCUUCCCCUCAUUUCCCUCCGCUGCUUCCCCUCAUUUCCCUCCGCUGCUUCCCCUCAUUUCCCUCCGCUGCUUCCCCUCAUUUCCCUCCGCUGCUUCCCCUCAUUUCCCUCCGCUGCCUCCCCUCAUUUACCAGGAUUUCCCCCUGUUUCCCCUCGUUUCCCCACCUGCUAAACCCUCGUUUUCCCCUCUUCUCUCCCUCCUUUCAUCUUCCUAUUCCCCCCUUCCCUCUCCCCCUCUUCCGUAUCUCCCCUCAUCUCUAUCCUCCCUCUUCCUAA